AUGCUUUACAAAGCUUACGCUGUUUCAUUACUAUCCAUUUUUGAAUGUGAUGUUUGUCAUGAAUUAUCGCCAGUUCUAGCUUCAACUAAGCCAGCGACGGGUAGUGCGGCCACCACUCCAGUAGACCGCAUUCCCCAUCCAUCGAAUAUGGUUCGAUCAUCAGAAAUGGAAGAUUUAAACCCUGCUCCUGCAAUUGCCGAACAAAAAGUCAAGUCUUCAACUGUCGCUAAUAUUGAGAGGUUGCAAAAAGAACGUGAGGAACGAAGAGCUCAGCAGAAUCAUGUGAAAAGACAGAAGGAGAUAGAGAAGAGCAUUGAUCCUGGUAAUCCAAAUUACCAGUUUUUGCUGAUGAUAAGAGAGUAUCAGUCACAGGUAAUCACAAUUCCGAACCGCGACCAUUUGAUCGUUCAUCAGCCACAAGUUAAGGUUGAUCUCACGAAGUACUUAGAUAAUCAAAAGUUUCGGUUUGAUUAUACAUUUGAUGAAAACACGUCUAACGAAAUGGUCUAUAAAUUUACUGCUCAACCUCUAGUUAAAACCAUUUUCGAGCAAGGAUUUGCCACUUGCUUCGCCUAUGGGCAGACGGGGAUCUAUGCUCUAACGGCAAGUGAUGUUUUCAAGAUGCAGCACUCGCAACAUUAUAAGAAGUUGAAUCUGUCUGUAAGCUGUAGUUUUUUCGAGAUCUACGGAGGAAAGGUGUUUGAUCUAUUGAAACAUAAAACUCUUUUGCGAGUACUAGAAGACGGUAAAAAAGAAGUGCAAGUUGUCGGUCUUCAAGAGGUGUCGGUCUCUUGUGAGAGUGAUGUUCUGGGGUUGAUUCGACAGGGUACUGACAUGCGUACAGCUGGUACAACGUCUGCGAACUCGAAUUCGAGCAGAUCACACGCCGUUUUUCAGAUUAUAUUGAGAAAGGACAAAAAAUUAUGGGGGAAAUUCUCGUUGAUAGAUUUGGCGGGUAAUGAACGUGGUCAAGAUACUGGUAAUUCUGAUAAACAAACACGCCAUGAGGGAGCGGAAAUCAACAAAGCAAUGGCUAAAAAUAGCCAGCAUGUCCCAUUUCGGACGUCGAAGCUGACGUUGGUUCUCCGUGAUUCCUUCAUUGGAGAAAAAGCACGCACUUGUAUGAUAGCAAUGAUAAGCCCUGGUAUGUCGUCUUGCGAACACACAAUUAAUACACUGCGCUACGCAGAUAGGGUAAAGGAGCUUGGUGCUGACGAAGGCGGUAACUCUCCGCCGCUAGGAGAUGAAGACCUAAUGCUACGAGAUGAUGUGGCUGGUGAUGGAAACAAUGAAGAUGCUGAUCUUUCACUUGUUUGUAGUAGAAAUGGGACGGAUAAGACUACGUACGACAUGAUGAAAAUUAUAUCAAGUUUGAAUGCAGCCGAGGAAGAUGCUUUAUAUAGUCAAUACAACGUCGAACAGAACAUGAAGACAUGGUUGAAAGAACUGGGAAAUUUGCUUGCACGUUCUAACACGGUUGAUUAUGAUACGGAAAAAUAUGUGCGGGAUUCACUUGCUCUGGUUAAGAAGGCCACUAUUUCUUUGAACGAGUGUAUGGAGCGUCUAGAGAAAUGGAAAGAGUUGCAAGUGAAGGAAGCUGAGAUGUCCAGCAAAAUAACAAGUAAGAAGAAGUAG